UACUGCCACGCUAAGAUGUUUCUCCAAAGACGGGCUGGAGAUGGGUCUCAUGACUCUUUUAGCUUCUACAUUGAUGAAGCCUCUCCAGUUGGGCCUGAACAGCCAGAGACGGUCCAGAAUUUUGUGUCAGUUUUUGGGACUGUGGCUAAAAAGCUGAUGAGGAAGUGGCUGGCUACACAGACCAUGAACUUCACCAGCCAGCUGGGGGCAGGUAUACGGUAUUUUGAUCUCAGAAUUUCCACCAAGCCCAGAGACCCAGACAAUGAACUCUACUUCGCCCACGGUUUAUUCAGUGCCAAAGUCAAGGAAGGUCUGGAGGAGAUCAACGCGUUUCUCACUGAGCACCCAAAGGAAGUGGUCUUCUUGGACUUCAAUCAUUUCUACGGGAUGCAGAAAUGCCAUCAUGAAAAGCUUGUCCAGAUGCUCAAGGACACAUAUGGAAACAAAAUGUGUCCUGCUAUAUUUGCCCAUGAAGUCAGCCUCCAGUACCUGUGGGAAAAGGAGCACCAAGUGCUAGUGUUCUACCACAGUCCUGUGGCCGUCGAGGUGGCCUUCCUGUGGCCAGGCCAGAUGAUGCCAGCUCCAUGGGCAAACACAACAGAUACGGAAAAGCUGAUUCAGUUCCUGCAGGCAUCAAUCACUGAAAGAAGAAAGAAAGGCUCCUUUUUCAUAUCUCAAGUAGUGCUGACACCAAAGGCUAGUACGGUGGUGAAAGGGGUUGCAAGUGGUCUCAGAGAAACGAUCACAGAGAGGGCUCUUCCUGCAAUGAUGGAGUGGGUCCGAACUCAGAAGGCAGGAGAGAGUGGUGUGAAUAUUAUCACUGCAGAUUUUGUAGAACUUGGUGACUUUAUCAGCACAGUCAUAAAGCUCAACUAUUCUCUGGAUGAAGAUGUUACCAAGGGUUGUCCAUAGAGCUGACUCCCUCACUUUCUGGCACGAAGGAGUUAAACUUGAAGUUACUUGGAGCUCACUUACAGAUUUGUAAAUACAGAAUAGGAUGUUUGCCUGAUCAACUGCCUUGACUGUACGAGGUGGCAAAGACAUGGUUUCCAGUGUGUUACAGAUCAAAUCACUUCUGCACACACACAGCCCCUGCUGAUCUCAGCAGGAAUUGUGAUCAUGUAAUUGAGUGGCCUCAAAUUCAUCUUCUGGAACAUAGUCAUGAUAGGAGGAUGGGGAUAUCCUGGCUUUAAGAAAGUGCCUGGAUGCUAUGCAAUACUGCUCAUGUCCUCUGUUGGAACAUAGCUUUAAAUUUGCAGGAAGAGCUUUGAACUUUGCUCCAGUGUAGGUUGGACCUAUCAAAAAAAAAUCCUUAUGUAAAAAUUGUGAAUGCCAUAGGCUGAUCAGCAUGGCCUGGCCUGCCCAUGUAUACAGCAUUCUGCUUUCAGGAAUUGUGGCAGCUUUAAAUAAAAAGACUCUAAUAAUUCUUUAUCCCUGCAGGGCCUACUUAGGAAUCUCUACAUUGCCUACAGGUACAAUUCCUGUACUAUUCCCACAGCUAGACCUGGCUUUUUCCCUUCAUGGUUUGUGUUUAGGAUGCCUGAUGCCAAGAGCAAUUAGGAUAGAGGAACUAACUAAACACAGCGAGUGCCCACCUUGUGCCUGGCUGGUUGGAGUAGGGUGCCUGCCCUCCAGCAGCACGUUUGGUAUGAGGUCAGCUUCAGUCAGAUCCACGUGAACAGGGACUGAGGGAAGGCACAAGUCUGAUUUCAGAGCCUCUUCAGUUGUCCAGUUAAAAUGCAGCAUCUUCCCACUUCUCUCCUUUGCCUCUGCUCAGUGCUGCUUAUCUGGAUUUGUGCAUAACAUCCCGUUACCUGCCAGCUGUAAAUCUUAGAUAUUUGUCAACCUCAGUGCAUCACAGCAGUCCACAUGGUUGUAAAAGAUGUUAAGUGUGUGGGGCUAAAAGCUGGAAGUGGGCCUCAUCUGAUGUCCCAGGAUGGUUUAUCUCCACGUUCCGAGUUAUGUACACACAUCCCCUUGAAGAGGCAUCACCUUGGCCAAUGAGUAUCUCCUAAGAGGGAGGUGCACUUAGAGGUUUUUGUUUCUGCAGCAAGAUUGCAUGUACUAAUUUCUCCUUCAGCCUUUGGUCCUACAGAGGUCAGUUUGAUUGGAAAAAAAUCCUCAAGUAGCUGCAAUUAGUUUUGCUGUGAAGCAGGGAUCCUUAAAGCAGAAUCCUGGAGUUAUUUGUAAUUACUGUUAUUGAAAAUAAAAAUACGUGGUUAAAAACACAAUUUUAAAAAGAAAAAGAAAAAUUAUAUGGGCUUGCCAGGACAGUUAAGUUUUUGACUGCCUCAGUCAUCAGUAGUUUAGUAUCAUCUAGGUGAUGAUUUUUAGCAUGUUAUUGCCACACUGCCUCCUGACACUGUUCAGGGUCUCUGUACAGAAGCCUUAUUAUUCCCAGCGAGCAUUAAAGCAUUUGAAUGACUUGUCUCCGUUUUGGUGGGAAGGAUGAUUGUGUAACACUGAGAACAUGGAGCUCCCUGUGUGUUGUGCCCACAAAGGUUCACAGAGCUGCACCUUCUCGUUUUAGGAUCUGUUCAAUGGUACUUUAAUAAAUGUUGUGUUAAAAAUGCCUACAGUUCUGUAUAGCAAAUGUGAAUUUUUAUGACAAGAAUGUGUAUUUAGAGUAAAAAAAGUAAUAUAAAAUCCAGUUUCUUUGUAUCCAGUGAAACAUCUAAUAAAGCUCUGGUACCUGUA